AUGGCAGCUGAAGGUCCCGAUCCGAUACCACCAGAGAUCACCAAGCAUGAUGUGGGAUGGAGGAGAGUGGUGCGCAAUUUUACACCUUCGUGGUUCUCCGUCACCAUGGGCACCGGAAUCGUGUCAAUGCUAUUAUACAUGCUACCAUAUAAUGCAAAAUGGCUGUAUUGGGUAUCUACCGUUGUCUUUGCUUUGAACGUCUUGCUCUUUGCUGUGGCCUGCACUAUAUCGGCCCUUCGUUAUGCGCUAUACCCGGAGAUAUUUUGGGCAAUGAUCUCGCACCCAGUGCAGUCCAUGUUUAUCGGAACGGUACCGAUGGGAUUUGCGACUAUCGUCAACAUGUUUUGCUUUAUUUGCGUUCCCGCCUGGGGUUCGUGGGCGCAGACAUUCGCGUGGACCAUCUGGAUUAUUGACGCCGUUGUCUCUGUAGUAACUGCUCUAUCGUUACCAUUUGCGCUAAUGUCCAGAAAAGAUGAAACACAGCUCUCGUCAAUGACAGCAGUAUGGUUGCUUCCUAUCGUCAGCUGCCCCGUCGCCGCCUCGUCAGGAGCAAUAGUGGCCGAUAUCCUACCAAAUCCACAACAUGCCCUCUGGACUGUGAUAGCCAGCUACGUGCUCUGGGGUAUUGGGCUGCCCCUGGCAUUAAUGGUCAUGGUGAUAUACCUGCAGCGGUUAACGCUGCACAAGAUUCCUCCAAAGGCCAUAAUCGUUAGUGUCUUUCUCCCUCUAGGACCAUUUGGAUCGGGAGGAUACGCGGCGAUGAAACUUGGGAAAGCCGCACAAACGAUCUUCCCCGAGACUCACACGCUCCAGGAGCUAUCCGGGCCAACAUUCCAGGCGAUGGGUUUCCUGGUCGGGCUCAUCUUGUGGGCUUUUGGUCUGGUGUGGCUCUUCUUUGCGUCCGCUUCUAUUGCACGGUGCAAGACGUUCCCAUUCAAUAUUGGAUGGUGGGGGUUCACUUUUCCCAUCGGGGCGUAUGCUUCAUGUACUUGCCAGAUCGGAGCGGAGCUUCCAUCGGCGUUUUUCCGGGUUUUAGGGACGAUCAUUUCGCUUUGCGUGGUUGCGUUAUGGAUUGUGGUCAGUGUAGGGACUUUAAAGGGCGUAAUAUCCGGCCAAAUGUUCCAUGCGCCAUGUCUAGCAGAGCUAGGAGUCAACGAGGAUGGAAAAGAUGAUAGCAAAGUCGCAUAG